AUGGAAUUCACUAUUGACGAGUUGCUUCCCCUGGUGGGCUCUUUUCAAGAUUUCAUUUUUGGAAGUCUCGUACUAUGCGAUGCCGCAUCCUUGACAUCGAUGUACCCUUAUGUCUACUUUUAUAUCAAGAAUUUUGAUAUUGGAGACGACGAUGCAAAUAUCUUUAUCUAUAGUGGAUAUUUGGGUGCAGUUUUUACACUCAGCCAGUUCAUAAGUACACUGUUUUGGAUAAAGUCAUCAAACAGGUUUGGCAAUAAAACAGCUCGAUUGUUUUCAAGUACUGGUACGGCAUUCUCCAUCGUUCUUUAUGGUUUGAGCACAAACUUCUAUAUGGCUCUUUUGGCACGACUGAUGUUGGGGUUCUUCCAUGGAUACAUAUUUAUUCUGAGAUCGACCGCUGUUGGAGCUGUGGCCCAUGAUAAAACGUGUCGACGUCGUCUCUCUGGAAGCUUCAUGCUGAUGUGGAGAAAUGGACAAAGUCUUGGCUAUAUCUAUGGAGCAUUAAACACAGGUUUUUCUUUAUAUUAUGAUGGCUUAUUGCCUUCAAAGUAUCGAUUUCUUCCUUCUAACCUCUUGAUAUCUGCCUUUACUGUGGUGCACCUCAUUAUAGGCUGGCUCUUUUUGGACGAAACGCAUGAACAGAGAAAGUAUGAGCGUGACAUAGGUGUAGAAGUUGGUGAUUUUAUCAAACGUCUGUUGGGCUUCAAAGUGCCAGAAAGACCCUGGAAGCUAAGAGAAGACAUCAAGGCAAGCCAAUUACUAGACAAGAUGGAGUCUUCCGAAAUGAACAACAACCUCACAAAAAACGACACCUCUCAGGUGGACUUCCCAGGUGCUGAAGAUGACCUUACUCAAAAAGAAUCUGAAUCAAAGGACGAACAGGAACUUUUGUCACCAAUGUCAUUAAAAGAUUGCAUAACAGGCGUAUUUAUGAUUUCCUUCCAGCAAUGUAUCUACUUUGAGUUUUUGCCUGUUUUGCUUGCCAGUACACUUAGAGUGGAAGAACUAAAGUUUCCGCUUCAUGUAAGAGGUGGGUUCGGUUUCAAAGAUGAAGGAAUCGGGAAUCUUUUAUCUGUUACUGUGACCUUUGGCAUGUUAAUGACUGUUCUCCUUCCUCUAAUUAACAAAUAUAUCAGCACUAAGCGUGUGCUAAAAGCUGGCUUGCUCGCAUACCCUAUUAUCUACUUCUUAUUGCCCUUAUUUGUUUUCACACGGCGCCAGUACAAUGAGGGAAAUCCGAUUCUCACGUUCGUGUUGCUUGGUGUGACUGGUACAAUAGUCUCCUUCAUUGACAGGAUUUGUUGUGACCAUAUUAAAAUUUUAUUCACAAAGGUAUCUUCUAAUACGUCAAGAGAGUUAAUUGAAAGUUAUGCAAUGACUGUUUCCACCUUGGCUCUGUGUGCUGCCCAAAUUAUUGGAGGGUUAUUAAUUUCGAAGUUCGAUGAGCAAGGUUAUGGAGAAUUGUCUUGGUGGCUUCUCUCAAUUUGGUCGCUAAUGACAUUCUUACAUUCCGUUCUCAUUGUGAAGUAG